CCGAUGAGCAUUCAGACUUCUCGCACAUGCCCUCCUCACCCCGUUGCUGCGCCCCAAUGAGCCGUCCCAGAUGAGUUGGAAUCUGCUAGAGCGCUUCAUAGAAUCGGACCACUUCAACACCGACCCGUCGCUGGCUGUGGCCUACCUUGCGCGGUAUGCAGACCAUGUCGGCAUCCACUAUGUGCUCUGUUCCAAGCUGCGCCAGUUUGCCUACGAGGAGCUCGAGUUCUUCCUCCCGCAGUACGUCGCCGUGACCCAAUUGCCGACCCCACGAACAGCUAGCUUACACAGGCGGGCAACAGGCUAUGUCACCUCCUUAUAAGCAUCGAC